GCGACUUCCGUUUUUAAAGCGUGACGGCUUCCGUGUUGACCCCACGUUUUCUACUCAUGUGAGAUACGCUUAUCCGCUGCUAAUAAUACGGAUUAUAUAGUAAAUAUGAGGCCGCUGACAGAAGAAGAGACCAAAACGAUGUUUGAGAAAUUAUCAAAAUACAUUGGUGAAAACAUAAAACUUCUAGUGGACCGACCAGACGGUGUUUACUGUUUUAGGCUGCACCAUGACAGAGUCUACUAUAUGAGUGAGAAAAUCCUAAAGCUGGGCACCAACUUUUCCCGGGACAAACUCAUAUCAGUGGGUACGUGUUUUGGGAAGUUUACAAAGACCAAGAAGUUCCGUCUGCACAUCACAGCCCUGGAUUUCCUCGCUCCAUAUGCAAAGUUUAAGGUGUGGGUGAAACCUGGAGCCGAGCAGUCUUUCCUGUACGGGAACCACGUGCUAAAAUCUGGCCUUGGUAGAAUCACUGAAAACACUAUGCAGUAUCAAGGAGUUGUGGUUUACUCCAUGGCAGAUGUACCCCUGGGUUUUGGUGUGGCGGCAAAGUCUACGCAGGAGUGUCGUCGAGUGGACCCCAUGUCCAUUGUUGUGUUCCACCAGGCUGAUGUGGGAGAGUUCAUAAGGAAUGAGGACACAUUAACAUAAAGAUGCAGAAACAAGUGGACAGUUAAACAUUUUAUUUUCAACCGUAAGAUUUACUGAAUUCACACAGCUUCAUAAUUUACCUGCUUGGUUUGAAUAAAACAUUUUAUGUUGACGAGACCUGAUCAAAGUGCCUACUUGAACAGUUACACCUGGAACACUUUUCCCUACAAUCCAGGGACUAAAACAAACCACCUGUCUUGACUCACUUCUGCCAUUUGCAGGAUUUCCUGGUAUGCCCCCUCCCCCGUUGUAUUAAUGAAAGGGUUUUGUUUUUGUAUGCAUGUCUUUUGUAACUUGGAUCUUCAAAUAAAUCCUUUAUCAUUUUCA